UGACCAUAGUCUUACAAUGUUAGCCACAUUACCUUUUAAAUUAUAAACUCAUGCCGUGCAUCAGCGCGUAAUGGAUAUCGCGUAACUUAUUGGAUAUCUUGACUUUUAGUUGCUGCUUCUAGACAAUUGCGCUUGGUUCUAUCUGAAUGCUCUAAUCUCUGCGUAUAACAUUUCAUCGUUAAAAUUUUAAUUUCAAUCCAUUGAUCUUUUUUCUUUGGCAAGAAAGCUGCACAUGUAAUAGGUAAGCCCUAAUGAGUCUGAGCCAUGGAGGUCAAGUCAGUGGCUUAUAGCUGGUCAUCGUCAUAUUGCAUAGCCGCAUCUUCUCAUUAUCAGCCAUAUUGAUAAUUCUACCAACCUGACCAUUUCACGGGUUAUGCCGGCGUAAUCGUUCACGGUAAUCGGUCGUACAAACCGACGGUACGCACAUGGAGAGCUUACCCGGCUGUAGAGGAUAAUUCACACGUCAGCCCUGCACGCACUAUACCGCAACGUUCUCUUUAUCAGCUCCCGGCCAUAAUUAUGGAUCAGACAACAAUCGCGGCACCCAUUACCUUCCCGGCUCUGUCGGGCUCAAUAAGUUUUCUCCUGUUUUUACUGUUGUUUACCGGCCAUGGAGCGCUCAUUCGGGAGAAGAAUUCUUUUGCCAAUUAUUUCACACUGCGGCAUCGGAAUGAGUAUCUCAACCAUCAACUAUUUAAAGUGACUAUCCACAAAAUUGAUGAGCUGAACCUUCUCAAGCUGUGGCGUAUGCAGUAUAAGCAUUUACACUUGGAUUUUUGGGAUGAUUCGCUGCCGACAAACUUGACACCGAAGAAGCGGGAUUUUUUGAUUCGUGUACCUCCACAAUCUGUCGAGGAAUUUGCCGCACUAUUAACUUCUUCUGAUGUUGACUUCCAAAUAUUAAGCCACGAUCUAAAAAGACUGAUUCAGUGGGAAAAGUUUGCCAUUCCCGAUGCGGUCAGUCAACGCGGUUUGCUGACCUCGUCCGGUGUGUAUCAAAGCUACCGAAGAGUACUCUUACCCGGUAUUCAAACGUUGUCGACCUAUCUGCCGUUGGAAAGUGUUUACGACUUCAUCGAUUCCAUCUCCGCCAGAUAUCCGCUCAUGGCCAGCGCUUUUGAGCUUGGAAGGAGCUACGAAGGAAGACCAAUAAGAGGACUUAAGAUCGGAACUCCGUUUGCCAAUUUCAAAGAAACUAAUUUUCAAGCACCGGACUCUGGGGCGAUUCCGCUGAAAUAUGCGGUAGUUAUCGAUGGAGCGAUGCAGGGUAGAGAAUGGAUUACUGUUCCCACUCUGCUUUAUCUGACGCAACAGCUCCUGGCAAAAUACGAAAUCGAUGAAGAUGUGCGCUUGCUUUUGGAUUAUUAUGACUGGUAUAUAAUUCCUGUGGUCAAUCCAGACGGAUACAACUACUCGUGGACAACGGACCGAUUUUGGAAAAAAACCAGAUCUGUUAGCAUACUAAACAGUACGCUGGUUAAUCCUCAGUGCCGUGGAGUGGAUCUGAACCGUAACUUUGCGUACAAUUGGGGUAGAAGUGAUGAUCCGGAUAGUGGCAUAUAUGAUGUGUGCCAGCGUUCCUUUGCCGGUGAUAAACCGUUUUCCGAGCGAGAAUCUAUUGCUCUGGCGAAGUUUAUCUUCAACAACCGGAAACAAAUUAAAGCCUACAUUACUUUGCAAAAUUACGGACAAACGAUCCUAAUCCCUUAUGCAAGUAAACAUGCCAUAUCAAAAGAUAACCGUGACCACAUCUUAGCGGCUAACGUUGCGGCACGUGCAAUGCGGAAGGUGUACGGCGAACAAUACGAUUUGGGUUCCUGGUCGGAAACGUUAUUCGAAGCCGGCGGAACAGCAGUGGAUUGGGCAUAUGAAGUGGCCAAAAUUAAGUAUACUUACCAGUUCCAGCUGCGUGACCGCGCCAACUGGGGCUUUCUACUGCCGCGCAAUCAGAUUAUCCCGACAGCAGCCGAAUUUUAUGCCGGUGUAACAGAACUGUUACGCUUCAUUCAUUUUUAUGAAAUGAGACAUGAAAUUUGAAAUCAAUGUACAUGUGUGUAUUGUUUGCAAAUUUUUUGACAGUUCGCAAUUUAUUUGUGUGAUUAAUUGUUGAAUAUGACUGCUGCAGACAGACUGUUGGUGGUUUUGAGAUUUAUGAACUGGUAUUCUGUGCCAUAAUAAGCCGGUUCCAUUUACCUACCACACCUGAUAGCAUUGCUCUGUAUAGAAGGCAAAAUUUCCAUAUUUUAAGGUUAAGGAUAUGUUAUACGGUUGUGUAUAGACUAUAAGUGUGAAUAGUUUUGACAUGGAUCGCGCGAUGUUAACAACGGUGUCAAACGGCGGUUAUGCAAUGGCCAGCUGCCAUGCAGGCGCAGUCAAGCACUAACAGUUCACCUACCUGUUGAAUUUAUUUGAUUU